AUGGGAUUAAAGAAGAUUGAAAUCAAGAAAAUAACAGAUAAAGAAUCCCUUAAGGUCACCUACUCUAAGAGGCGCAAAGGUCUGUUUCGCAAAGCCGAUGACUUUUGCUCCAAAACCGGUGCUCAAAUCGCCAUUAUCACAUUUUCACCGGGUAUGAAGCAGUUGACGUUUGGUCAACCUUCUGUAGAGUCCAUCAUAGAUCGAUAUGAGCUCUGCGAACAAAGUUCAAAUGUUGACGACAAAGAAAUUCUUGAUAAAGAUGGUCAUCAUGGGGAUGGUGAAGAUUUAGAUUUAGGAGCAAGACGAGAGAAUAGAAGAGGUGUGGGACUGGAUGAGCUCAAGCAAUAUGCGACUAGGGUAGAAGAGCAAAGGAACAAGUUGGCUUGGCAAAUCGAAGAAAGGAGGAGGAGAGAAUCGAGCACCAUCGACUUGUUAGGAGUGAAUUGCUGGAGUACUUCUGAAGAUUUGAAGCUUUUUGGUAUAAAGGUGGGAGAAAAGAUGGAGCUAGAAGAGAUCAAGAGGAGGGAAUCAUGCACAAAGGACUUUUUGAGUAUUGUCGGUAUCAAGUAA